GCAGGUCAGCAGCUUUCCUGAUCACCACCCCGUACCCACUCUGCAUCUGCCCCGAGGGCCAGAACGUCACCCUGACCUGCCGCAUCAGCGGUCCCCUCGCCAACCACCAUGACCUGCUCUACAAAACCUGGUACUUCAGCAGCAACGGUGACCAGAGCUGCUCUGACAAGAAGCACAUCCGCAACGUCACCGAGAAGGAGCUGCAUCACGAUCUGGGCAGGCACCAUGAGUCGCCAGGCAAUGGCAGCCAAAAAUCCCCCCCUGGGGGGAAAACCAGCCAUCAUGGGGUGGAGUUUGUCCCUGACCACCACGGUGCCUUUCACAUCGUGGUGAUGAACCUGACACUGCAGGACAGUGGGAAUUACUGCUGUUACGCCGUGGAGGUCAGGAGGGAGCAUGGCAAGCCUCACACCACACAGGUUGCUCAUGGCUUCGUAGAACUGCAGAUCCAGCAAGGAAAAGGAGGGCUUCAAAACUGCACAUUUCAUACUGCCACCAAUACAGAUAUCACGGCUGCCGCACUGGCCACAGGCGCCUGCAUUGUAGGCAUCCUCUGCCUGCCCCUCAUCCUGCUCCUGAUCUACAAGCAGAGACAAGCUGUCACCAGCAGACGUGCCCAUGAGCUUGUCAGGAUGGAUAGCAGUGCCCAUGGAAUUGAAAACCCUGUCUUCGAGGCAGUCCCCUCAGUGAGCGCAGAGCCACAGCCCCGACCCCAGCUGUCCUACAUGGCCAGCCGGCUGCCCUCCGAAUCUGGCCGGCACCUGCUCUCCGAGCCCAGCACCCCCCUGUCCCCCCCUGGCCCCGGGGACUGCUUCUUCCCAACGCUGGAUCCUGUCCCUGAUUCACCAAAUUCCUUGAAAGCCUAA